CCGACGUCACGAAUCCAACCACCACACCCAGUAGUAUCUGACCCAAUAAUCCAACCCGGAUAAAAUCAAUCCGAGAUAUACAUCAUGCUACCAAGACCAUGCCCCAGAAACGGCUAACGGCCACGUCCCGCGAUCCAGCCUCUCGGAACAGACAUGGUUUGGUUCAUACUGUCAGGCCAUACUUGCUAUGCGAGUUUGCAUCUCGUGGCUAUGAUAUGGGAGGUGGUGUAUGUAUAUAAGGAUGGGAUGUUACACGAUGGAGUUUGUUUUGUUCAUCACACAAAGAUCUUCUUAUACAAUACCUACUUCGGUUACUUGACCUGAUACAAGAUACUUCCAAGAUACAUCUGCACCAACACAACUGUGCAACCAUCCAACCAAACAACCAAAAUCAAAAUGCCCACCCAAUCCAAAUCAACCGAUAGCGAGCACGCCCGUCUGCAAAACGACUACGGCGCAGACUACUGGGUCCGCAAUCCCGCUCAACAGCAUCGCCGCGCAACAGCUGGACGGGGCCUCUUCGCCGGGUUACAAGAUGUGAAGCACUACAACGUUGACCACGGCUGGGCUCAACGCAAGUCUGAGCCUGCGCAGGCUGGUAUUCUCGGGACGCUCUGGAGUCGAAUUACUGGACUUUGAUGGACUCACUUGUACUUGAUCUUUUUAGAUUGGUUACUGGGUUCUCUGGUUCGGAUUCGAUUCGAUUCUUAGACUCUGUCCGUUC